AGAAGCUGAGGGGCCUUCAGGAGAGGGUCCUCCUCCUGCUGGAGGGGCAUGGCGGCCACCACGGGAGUGACCCUCCUGGUCCUGCUGCUCUGCUGCGGGCAGGGAGCCGAGCUCCCGCCGAUCAACCUGACCUCAGCUUCAAGCACUGAAACGCCAGCAAAUUUAAGUAAUCUGGAUGAUGAUAUGGCUACAAUAUUCGGUGUGACGUCCAGAGGCCACCGGCUGCCCCACGGGAGCUCACACGGGGGUCAGCGCGUGCUCUGUGUGAAGCAGCGCCCCCGCCUCAGGUUCCAAAGCGCAGUGUGGGUCAGAGCAUCCCUGCAUCAUGCUUUCUCCUAUUCUUUCCACGCUCCUCCUCAAGAUGCCAGCAUUGAUGAGAGCAACCAACUCAGCGCUGGUGAGGGUUUCCAUGAGUUUGCAGACGUGUCACCAAUAUCUCUGGAGGCUGAGGACAAAAUUCUCAACGAACCCGGUGUUGACGCGUCUCACCACACCAGCGGCCCCGGGGGUUACCAUGACGCGCAGAUCUCCUCAGGCACUGCAGACAGUCUUCACAGUAACGGAAAGAAGCACCCCAAAACUGAUCAACAAUUGAAACAAUCGGUUCUGGACAUGAUCCUUCAAAAUAUUGGAAAAUCUUCAGGAAACUCUCUCCAGUAAGCGGCAGAGGAAGAGAGUGGCCCGGGGCUGUGCGCUCCGAGGGAGCCCCCCCGAGCGGGGCACCCAGACUGCGUGCGCGCACACCGACCCUUAGCAAUAAAGGGCAUAUGUAUGUACACACGUCACGCUGGUAACUGUCCCGCAGAAGGACACUGUUCUCUUCUGUGACCUUAAGCAGUCCCUUUAAAUGUUAAGCUAGAAGGUGAGGGUAUGUGGUUUUCUUUUAGUUUUCAUAAAGAAACCAGAAACAAGCAAAAAAAUACAUUUGAGAAGAGCACGCAGACCCGCCUCUUUGCUAUAGGGCAAGGCUUGAGAUCCUCGAGGAUCCUGUCCAUGAAGAGCCAGCCUGAAGGCCUGAGUGUCAGCCCUCCCGCCUCCCUCCUCUGGCAACAAAGUGCACAUAAACGCCGUUGCGCCGCCCCGUUCACCAGGCUGGGGAAAUGCAAACUGGGGCUCUGUGUAGGUUUUAUGAAACGAGCGUGGGAACACAGAGGAACGCGGUGGAGGGGUGCGAGAGGAUCCGGGCAGCAGCGCCUGCCGUCUGACCCCCACUGCUCCCCCCACUGCCGACCAGGGUGCUUUGCUGUGCUGCUUCCAUCUGCAAACCCUUCACGAGUGUCUUUCCGUUGGAUCCCAUUCAGCUGAAAAGGCGCUGUGUUCAGCUGAAAGUCAACCCCUCUCCAUGGCUAAUGGAGCCAAUGCGUUUGCAGAGACCUCCAUUGCACAAUUACCAGGGCAGGUUGCACUGUCUUCGUUGAGCCAAAGAGAGGACAAGAAGAAGCUCUAAGGGAGGGUGACACGGGGAAGAAGGCAGGACAACCUGGAACAGAACAGCUUGUCAUUCACUAAUUUGACCUCCUAACUAUCUCUACUGCUCCAGCCUUAGUCAACAAGUGGGACAUCGUCCCCACCACAGAAAACCUGAGCUGGGAGGAAGCAAGGUCAGCAUGGCAGCAGGAGGGCAUGGAGAUGCGAGGGCAUCGAGGCCACCACCGGCAGCCCGGUGUGCCCAGGAGGUCCAGAGCCUCCACGGAAACUCUUGUCCAAGUUUCACCUUGAGCGAGACUCGGCGCCGGAGGGCAAGAGCCAAACCGGAAUAAAGGCAGAGAAGCACAUUUCUCUUCUUGAAGAGACACCUGCAUCAUGUCCUCAGAACAAUAUCCAGAGUCAGUUGGUUGAAUUUCCGCACCGUUUGACUCAAUUCUCUGGAGGCAGAGAUCCCUGUGUGCCCACGCCCCUGCUCCC